AUGGGCGCAAUUAUUCAAGAAGGACCGGCUACUUCUCCGGAGUGGAAAUUCCGGUACAAUGACGUCUUCACCCCAACCAGUCCGUCCUCUCAACGAUCCUCGCAAAGCCGAACUGCCAGCUCCAGCGGCUAUUAUAGCAACACACCUCAAUUCAACGAACCCCGCGGCCCCACCAGUACAUGGGCACAGGAGGCUAACACGCUGCAUGUGAACUUCGCUUCAAUUAGACUCGACAUUGAUCAACAAAACCGCCCUGACUUUUUCCGCAACGAUUCUACUCCUGCGCACAAUCACCAUAACGGUCGUCCUCAAUUACAGCGUCACUCUAGCUAUCCUGGCCCAGCCGAUUACUUUUCCCCUCCGCCGCCGCAGCGUCAUUUCCACCACUCAGUCUCGCACCACCCGCACCAUCACAACAACCACCACCACAACAAUUCUCAACGACGCUACAGCUCCAACCAGCGCGGGUUCUACGGCUUCCCCAACGAGCACUACCGCUAUUCCGACAACCAAUCGUACCCGAACCAGAACAGCAAGUACGAAUGGCAAAACGGAGGAUUGAUGACACACUCCUCGACCCACAUCCUUUCCGAAUCGGAGCAAAUCCUCAAGAACGCUGCUCAAUUCAUCGACAAAACCGACGAUAAAACGAAGCUGAAAAUCGAUCUCUGUCGGUAUCUCGAGACCGUUCCCCUCAACGCGAUGAAUCUUUGUGACGCGGUCGACCUCAUCUGCAACAUCCAGGAAGCAUUCGAUAGAACUCUCAACUCUGAAAUCUGCACCGAGCUCUGCCACGAGAAAUCUAUCAUCACGCUAGUUGGCUACCUUCACGAGAACCGGGGCCAAAUGUUCAACGAUCAGCUGUUGAAAACAGCAAGAGCUCUUCUCCGACUCACUUGGUCGCUGACAUACACCACGAUUUCUGACUUAUUGGACACUUUGAGACCAACGAACCAACGAUUCUCCAUCGACGAGCUGGUGCUUUUCUGCCAAUGCCAGCAUAACUACCAUCUUCUGAAAAACCUGAACCCAAAUACUCUCAGAUGCAUGGGCGAAACUGCGAGAGAAUUGCUCCCAGCUCUCCCCGUCAAUGAAUAUCAAGACCUCAACGAUCCCCUUUACACAGCAACCGUGGUCUUUAAAUGCUUCGGAAAAGAUUUUUCCCCCUUCCAAGUCAAUGCUGUGGCGAAUAUCUUCAAAGAACUCGCGUCCUACAACAUGAUUUGCCUCGAAAACUUGCACAAAGACGGUAGAAGUACUGUAAUUCAUCUACUUGACGCGUGCUUCCGGGCGAAUGUCUUGAAAGACUCUUACAGUCAGGAUCAAUUUGAGGAAAUUUAUGACCACUGCUGUGCUGAAAUCGCCAGAGCUGAUGAUGGAUCUGUAAGCAUCAAUAUGACGGUCCAGGAUAUAUCUGCGGUUCUCCGAGCUCUUCAAGAUUUCACCUCGCAGAAACAGGUCUAUUUCAAGACAUUGAAUCACGUGGCGAAUGCGAUGCUCAAACGAAUGCAACUUGGCGAAGCAAACGCAAAAGAUUUCGUCAAAAAUAUGAGAAAUCUCACGGCGAAGUGUUUCUUCAAGGAAGAAUUGUUGGAGAACUUCUGCAUUUUGAUCGAGCGCGAUUUGGACGAAUCGUGCCAUUGCCAGCGACAAAACUGCGUAAAAUCAUGCCGCUCGUUGAACUUCUGGUCGAUUGCUGACGCCCUGGACAUCAUUUCCACUCCUAACUAUGUAUACAAGAAGGACAUGGAUGCGCACAUUGCCUUUUUGUCAAAAAUGGCUACGCGGAUGUGUUCUGACGUCGUCUGGGAUAGUUUGAUGAAGUCAUUUUACGACAACAAGAUUCAGAAGCUUUUCUUCACCCUUGUCGGUUUCCAGACGUACGGCUACUAUCCGAUGCAGCUGAUCAACUGCGAGCACUUCUACAAAUAUAUCUACGAUUUGUAUCAGACGAAUCAACUCCAGCAAAUCCAGCGAUUUCAGAAGUGGUAUGACAUCAAGGAGAAGGAUUACAACUUGAGGAGCUAUCAUCCAGCCAGUGGGGAUAGAAGAGAAACAAUCUUUGACGAUUUCUUCAUUCGAACUGGCGAGAAUCUGACCCCUCCAGAACCGAUCCACAAUCUUCAACAGAUGGAACGCAAAGUCCUCAAGGCCCUGAGCGAAAUCGACGGUAUAGAAAUAACUCAACGCCACGGAAUCAACCGGAAAUACUCUCAUUUCUUGGUCAACGGGGAUACAGCUGUGCUGCCCAUUUCCAGAAAGCGUCUUCUGAGAAAUAGAGAAGGAACGAUUGAGGAUCUCGCUAGGGUGAACGGACGAUUCGGAACUUACAAGCGUCUGUUAGAAGCCCAGUACCCAGGCCCAAAGAUGGUGAUCAUUCCCCACUUCGAAUUUGAGCCGCUUGGUUCUGGCUCCGACCAGCCCAGCGUCGCUCAAAUCUCUUACAUAAAGAAUAAGCUUGCCCCUGCUAUCCCAGCUCUUCAGUAG